AUGACUACCAUACCGCCUGCAUCGCCAGCACCUUCAAUUCCAUCUCUAACUUACAAUCAAACUGUUCGCGGAAUAACCGAGUUCAUCGAAGUCGCCAUUCAUACGAUUCUCUAUGUCCGUCAGGUCUAUCCUGCCGAGCUCUUUAUUCGUCGCAAAAAAUAUGACACUCCGGUAUUUCAAUCCCGACACCCCGCGUUGAACGCGUAUAUAAGCGGAGCAGUGAAAGCCCUUGGGGAGGAAUUAGUCAAUGGAAAUCUCGACAAAGUGGUCGUAGUAAUAAAGAACAAAGAAGAGAAGGCGUUGGAAAGAUUCAUGUUUUCGGUCGAGAACAUGAUUCAAGUAGAGAAAUUUGACAAAGACAUCAGCGUCGAAGGAGCCAUGUCCUCUCUUGCACUAGGACAAUAUUUCCGCUCAUUCCUUGUCAAAUUGAGCAUGAUUGAAGCGCAACUGGGACAGAGGUAUCUUGGAGAUGAUGUCUCGUUUGCCAUCCUUAUGGAACUCAAGGAUGAUAUGAAGCCUUCGUUACCAGUGGGAUCCAAAGAGCCUCCGCCAUGGAUUCCCGCCGACCAACAGCACACCACCUCGGGGGCGAGUGAGGACGCGGAGCUGCAUGUGGUGAGAGCUGUUAGCACAGGGAUCAUCAAUCUGUCGCUCGUAGUACAAGAAUCUGACGUCAAGUUGGGAUUGGAUUCAGAUACGGAGAGGUCGCGAUUGGGAAAGGGCAAAACUCGGGUUCCCUGA